AUGUUGUAUCCUAAGCUUGUUAUAACCUCUACAAUUGCCUAUAUAUUCCACUUGGAGAGGCAACACAAAGACUUUACUGGCCGACACUUAUUUUUCCCUGCUAACCUGUCUAUUGAGAGGCUCAAUACCCAAAGUGUCGAGCCCAAAGGCAGACCAGUUGGUGGCACCGAGUAUAGCCGGUGCCAAGCGGUGCCUGGUGGCACCGGCAUAGCCGUACUUGCUCUCCUUUCCUCCAAAGCCCCAAACAUUUCACAUCUCCAAACUGCAAUCCACAAACUCCAAAACUCACACCCAAUUCUCAAGUCUAGACUCAAUUCCAACACUACUACAAACACAAUCUCUUUCAUCACAUCUCCUACACCAUUUAAUUUGUUCAAAACAAAGUAUAUUGUGGUGUUCCGGCUUCACGUUUCAGCUUGUGACCGCACCACCGCGGUGUCACUGCUGAGAGAGUUGCUGGAGUUGAUGAGUGAAGAAGUUGGAGGAGGGUUAACGGGAAAUAAUAAAGUGGAGGUUAGUUUGAAAAUUGAGGAUCUUAUUCCUAAUGGGAAGGCUAAGAAGCCUUUGUGGUCACGUGGGGUGGACAUGCUUAGUUACUCUGUUAGUUCUCUAAGGCUCACAAAUCUGAAAUUUAAAGAUACAAGGUCACCUAGAUCGUCUCAGGUGGUGAGGCUACAAAUGAACCAAAAUGAGACUGAGAAAAUUCUUGCUGGAUGCAAAUCAAGAGGGAUCAAGCUAUGUGGGGCAUUGGUAGUUGCUGGAUUGAUUGCUGCAUAUAGCUCUAAACGUCGACUUGAUAAUCAACGAAAGAAGUAUGGGGUGGUGACUCUCACUGAUUGUCGUUCCAUUCUUGAUCCAGCUCUCUCCAAUCGCCAUUUUGGAUUCUACCACUUCAUCAAAGGAGGAGAAAAGCUAUGGGAGCUGGCUCAAAAAACCUAUAUGGCAUUUGCAAACUCUUAG